AUGUCCACACUCAAUCCCGUCUCGGAUUUUCAAAAGGCGCGAUCAAACUUCCUCUCAUGGCUCGAGGAUCAAGCACGCCUUAUCAGACACCAGCCGAAGCCGGACACCAUUGCAGAAGUCAAAGUCAUCCUACUCGAACAAGGCGCUGAAUACCUAGAUCGACUCACCGAAGCUUCAAUUGUCAUGGCUCGUGAGGCAAGCGACCAUAUCUACGUCACUGCAAAGCCAGCGCGGUUCUACAAUGUCGAGGUUCCGAAAAUGUGCAGUGUGCUCCAGAUAAGGAUGCCCCAACUGGCUACGAGACUUGGUAUCAAUCCUAAAUGCGACAUGUGUAUCCAUUUCAUUAUUAUGAAUAUUCUGGCUGAGCUGGGGUUCUAG